AUGGCGUCGCGUGACCACCCACUAUCCGAGUCGCAGACCACAUUCCCUUCAGAAGACAGCGAGAACUACGAUGCCAACCACAGCAAUCAGGACUCGUCUGAUGAGCCUCCGUCAACGUCAUCAAGUCCGAUGAUACUUUAUCAACCACCAACGCUCAUCUCUAUAUUCAGGGGAGCCGCAAUCAACCUGCUAUUACCAUUUGUCAAUGGGCUGAUGCUGGGGUUCGGAGAGCUGUUUGCGCACGAGGCAGCAUUCAGAUUAGGGUGGAGUGGCACAAGGAUCUUUCCAGAGCACCGCAAUGCAAGACCUGCCGGACCUGGCGUAAUGGUGGCAGAUGAUCCAAUUGAACGAAGACGAAGAGAUGGCGAGGAAAUGGACAUGUAUACUUCUCUAGAAUGA